AUGGACGACAGCCACCUACCCUCCACCCGGAGAGUCCGCCAUUUGCCUCCCCGCCCCGAAUCAAGUGCAUCGAGCCGCACCAGAAUGACCCCUAGUUCGAGCAGUAACAGCUCGUCAGUGAAUCUGCCGCGGAACCCAUCAGUCAGAGGUACUUCCGGCCCCAGUCUGCUACAAGAGAGGUUGAGGGAGAGGAAGGUCGAGAGCGCCAAGGCGAGGAGGGAGAGCGUUGGCACGCCGGUGCGGUCAACCCAGAGUUCACCAUUGAAGGGCAGGGAGGAGAGGCGGCCAAACUCAAGUGGUGCGGGCAAGGGACUGAGCAUGGGGGUGAAGCAGAUCGAAGAGCAUGUGUCUACGCUGACCAAACAAAACUUCAACCUCAAACUCGAACUACACCAUCGUCGGGAACGUCAACUGGCCCUCGAAGCGCGACUGGAGGCAGCGGAGAGACGUCUCGAAGAACAAGCAGAGUUACAGGAGAUCAAUGAUCAAUUGCUGGCAGAGUUGGAAAAGAGAGAUCAAGCCGUGGAGGAGGCCGUCAGCAUCAUUGUCAACCUCGAGGAGAAGGUGGAGAGGUUGAUGCACGAGAGAGGGGUCGUGCAGGCCUUUGAUACACAAUACGAGUCGUCUUACUCGCGCGCGAGUCAGGAAGAACAACUUAGCUCGCCCGCGCCUUCUCGAUCGCAGAUCAGUAGCGCUAUGGCGAGGAUGCCGUCGUUCUUGUCAGAGAAGAGCGAGGGCGCGGAAGCUUUGAGGAGCCUGUACCUUUCUAGCUACAGCGAUGCUGCCCUGCCCAAGCUAUCCGAGGAGGCCGAGGAGGCUCCGCCUACUGAGCUGGACAGUCCUCGGUUAAGCGUAUUGAGUGAGAGUUCUUUCUUGAGUGUUUAUGGGGACAAGUACCAGUCGCUGGACGACAAACAACUGUCAUUGGACACCGAAGUUGAGGAGCAUGCGAAAGAGAGGGGACAUCGCAAGUCGGAGUCGGUGGAGAGGUGGAUUGAUCAGAGGCCCGCAACGACCCAACCUCCAUCAGCUACCUCGCGACGAAACGAUCUCCUCAAGAGCCAGUUCCUCUCAAUUAACAACGUCCUGGUGUCACCGCUGCAGCGAUUGGAAAAGUUGAAGAUGUCUAUGGAGAGUAGUAGCCACCUUAACUCUGAAACACUGCCGGAACAGAACAGGGAGAAAUCGGAAUCGAGACAGAGUCUCAGGCGAUCCUUGAAGGACACAGCCAGUUUCGACCAUCAUCAGACACUCCCUCCAACACCAGAUACAAUUAGCACUAACACGCUGAGGCACUGCCAGAACUCGAAUGAUACCCUGUGUCAGAAGCGUGUUGAUGAUGGGACAUUCCGAAAUAGUACUUCAACCUUCCCUGCUCCUGACACGACCAGAAGCACCUUCCACUCCACCGUCUCUCCACGACCUCGAAGUGCAGGUGAGACAGUGACAAGCAGACGUGAAGGUCAUGGAUGGGAUACGGAGACACAUGGGGACGAUAUAUCUAGCACUGCUAGUACCUUUGCAACACAAGAUUUCCAUCGUCCGAGGCGAGUCAUGACACCAGAUCUCUUUACAUUCGCCAGCGAUGACCGUGAUGAUCCUUGGGGUCGCGAUAUGAUGUUCAACCAUGAACCGGUUCUACCUUCUCAUGUCGCUGCUCGUUAUGAAAGGCUCCGUCACUCGAGCAUGGCUGAUCAUCCAAGGAGCGAUGAUCCAGUUAGACGUGCCGUGCAGCGCAAUGGCAACAACCAAAACGUGACCAAUCCACUCGAUGCGUCGCCCAGACCCGCACCCCCCAACCGCCGCUCAUCACUGAGUGCUACAACCCAAAUCCGCAGGUAUAGCCUCACCCACACAUCAGGUGCCUCACCUGGAAAUUCACCCGCGGCUCCAAAACAAGAACCUCCAAAGCAGGAGCCGAAGAAGAACCGUUUUGCGAAUCGUCUCUUUGGUCGCGCGGAAACCAGUCCCGCACCAGCAACCUCCCAGCAACAGAAGCCGAAAGUAAGUGGCAGGACACAGACCUGGGUUGACAGAGACGAACAAGCUAGUGCGACACCACCUCCAAUUAGGCGCAGUCGAAAUAACACGGUCUCUUCGUGUAGGCCGAGCUCUGCUGGCACAGGUAUGCCGAACCAUGCUACGAGGAGGCAUAGUGCAUUUGGGGUUGAUGGUACCAGCGUUGAAACAAAUGAGGGAAAGACUCGUCCUCGGAAGGGAAGUGUAGAUGUCGCGCCCGGUAAUGCGGAGGAGACCAAGACCGGAGGUAGGAAAUGGUUGGGCUUCGGCAGGGCCGGGAGCCUACUACGCAAUUAG